GCUGGAGGGCAGCGGUGCAAUCACUGCUCAGUGCAGCAUCCACCUCCCAGCCUCCAUCCAUCCUCCUGCCUCAGCCUCUGGAAUAGCUGGGGUGCAGAUACGCCCCAGCCCGAACAGGGUCUCACUAGGUUGCCUGGGCUCUUUCGUUUUGUUUGUUGGUUGGUUGGUUGGUUGGUUGGUUGGUUUCGAGACGGGGCUCCGGCUCUGCAGCCGGGGCUGCAGUGCAAUGGCGAGAUCUCACUUCACCUCACUGCGGCCUUCUGGGCUCCGGCGAUCCUCCCAGUGUGUCCGGCCUGACGACAGCCUUCAGAGAAAGAAGCAGGGGGAGUUUUGCGGAGGACAGACAAGAUUUCUGGAGUUUGGAAAGGGUGAGAGAUUGGGUCAGCAAAAGGAACAUUCCGAUCUUUAUGUUGGGAUGCAAUUUGUAGAUACAGGGAUGAGACCCAAAAGAGCCGGCAGAGAUCUGUCGUCACGGUUGCAAGGCAACUGCCGGUGGCUGAUCCCGUAAACGAUGUGCAUACCUAGAACGGAGCCUACAGAUGGAGCCAGGUGGAGCCAGGCUCCAGCCUACAGGUGGAGCCACGAUGCUUGGACUCGAGUUCUGCUCCUGUGCGCUCCCUGAUAAAUGGCUUAUAUUACCUGCACCUCAGUUUUUCCUGGGCAAAACCGGAAGCGUGUUGCCGGUGCGUUGGCACUGCCUUCAAGUGCCAGCUACUCAGCGGGCUGAAGAGGAAGAAGUUCCUACUAGAAAGACACGUGGACACGUAUGUUGAUUUACAGUAGCAAAGACUUGGAACCAACUCGAAUGCCCAUCAACGAUAUAGGCUGGAUAAGGAAAACGUGGCACGUAUACACCAUGAAUUACUAGGCAGCCAUAAAAAAGGAUGAGUUCAUGUCCUUUGCAGGAACGUGGAUGAAGCUGGAAGGCAUCAUUCUCAGCAGACUGACACAGGAACCGAAACCCAAACACCGCAUGUUCUCACUCCUAAGUGGGAGUUGAACGGUGAGAACACAUGGACACAGGGAGGGGAACAUCACACACCGGGCCCUGACGGGGCGUGGGGUGCAAGGGGAGAGAGAGCGUUAGGACAAAUACCCAACGCAUGCAGGGCUUCAAACCUAGAUGACUGGUUGAUAGGUGCAGCAAAGCACCGUGGCACACGUACACCUAGGUUCCAAACCUGCACGUCCUGCACAUGUACCCCAGAACUUGGGGACAGAGAGAGAGUGAGAGAGAGAGAGAGAGAGAGAGAGAGAGAAAGCAAGGAAGGAAGGAAGAAGGAAGGAAGAAGGAAGGAAGAAGGAAGGAAGGAAGGAAGUUCAAUUCCGGGUGGAUCCCAUUCCCUUAAAAGGUCACCACCCCUCGACUGCCAAGCUGAGAUCUAACGGCCUCCAAAGGAGUAGUCAGUCGGGAGUAGUCAGUCGGCUGCGGGGGGUCGUACGUAGCCUUCCCAAAGCGCUGUAGUCACAGCGUAAACGGAAGCGUGCCGCAAGGCCUACCGUCUGCCGCCCGCAGGGGAGAAACCCCAUGGUACUCCAACGAGUAGUUAAGCCGGCGUAUCACAGAUGCUCGUGCGUGUCCAGCCGCCCCGCCGAUGCUCUCUCGCAACCUCUACUCUUAGCAAACAGCCUUGUAUCCCCGGUAGGGGGUGCACCGUUCCUGGAGGUACUGCAAUACCAGGUCGAUGCGUGGAGUGGACGGAGCAAGCUCCUAUUCCAUCUCCCUGCUCCAAAAAUCCAUUUAAUAUAUUGUCCUCGGAUAGAGGACGUAUCAGAUAUUAAACUGAUAAGAACAGAUACUACACUUGAUCUUAGCCAAAAGGCCGAGAAGCGAUACCGUCGGCUUCGCGCCCGCCGUCACCGUCCCACUCUCAUCCACAUUCAAGUCGCGGUGAGAGCCCCAGCCUCGCUCCUUGCCCCAUCCCCUCUGUCUCGUCCACCCCACUCUGGACGCCCUUACACACUCGGGUUCAUUUCUUAUUCUCCACCUUUGAAAAGGGAAAUCUUACACCCGUGCUUGCAUCCGGCGUUCCCGGGCUUUCAUUUCGAAUUUGCAUACCCCGCCCUUUCACGGAGGGCGCGGCCUCCGCGGUUGACUCCGCCCCCGGGGCCGCCUCUGCGUCGGGGAGCCGGGGCUCCGCUGGGGGCGACUUCCUUGUUUGUAUCCAGCCAGCGCAAAGACAGAACCGAAGGAGACUGGCGGCGAAGGCGAGAGGGGUCUGUGGAAGAGACCGCUCGGCGGAGAGCGGUCCACGUUUCCCUGGAGAAAGACGAGGUCCCAGGGCAGGAGCCCGGGCGGCGCCGGGCCUUUACUUCGUCACCAGCGGGCGGGGAGACCGGCCUGGUACCCGCCGGACGAGGGGCCCGUUCCGAGUCAGGGAAGCCGAAGGCCUGGAGGGGCUUCCGGGAGCAGGGGCUGGAGUUCCUCUGCCGGGCAGGAGGCUGACACCAGACACCCGGCAGAGGGAGGCGGCGCGUGGAUGGCGAGGGCCCGGCAAGGAUUCUCCCCAGCCCCUGUGCCUGCGUCUCCUGUGGCUUCUGUGCACGGACCGUGUCCUGUGCUGUGCAGGGAAAGCUGCCUCUCUGCUCGGGACGUGGAUUCCUUGCACCUCCUCCUCGCCUGGCUACUCCUGACGCAGGCUGUCAGGACUCCGCUUGGGUGUCACCCGUCCAGGAAGCCUCCCUUAAUUAAGGGCCCUCGGCACCCACCCCAUAUGUGACUAGCAGCCCUCCUAUGUAUUUCGUCGCACCCCCGUUGUGUAUAUCAACUAUUCCACUCACCACCCUUCUGGGCAAUCCUUUGUCUCCCGCUCUGAAAUCCCAUCGCUGAGGGCUGGGACCCCUCCUCAGUACUUAUCCCUGUUUCCCGGCGCUAGUCUGGUGCCUGGCGUGUGGAAGGCGCUCAGUAAACGUUUGUGGAGCGAAGAAACGACGCAAACGUGAUGAGCACGACAGCCCGAAACAGAGAAGACGCAGUCAGGAGGUUACUGGCCCCGCGCGGGGGUAAAGGGGGAAGGUCGGGCUCGGGGUGGCAGGACACCAGAGGGCAGGGGUGACUGCCGGGGUGCUCUUGGGGGAGGAUGGGCGUCAAGGCCCCCGGCAAGGUUGCGAUCAAGUUUCUCUCCGGGGCACAGACUGCCGCCUGCGGGGUCAGCGUUUACCUCUCCCUUCCUCCUUCCUAACCCAACUUCGGGGGAGAGCUGAGGGCUGAGGGCUUUAGGCGCAUUACCUCCAACAUUUAUUUCACUCGACGGCCCUUACUAUUAGCCACGGCCGGGGUUAGGGUGAGGCCACUCCUCCAGGGCGGAAUUUCAGGGGGUGCCCCCCCCCCCGCCCCAAACCCUUCGGCAAUCAAUACAAAUUAUAGUUCAACGCAAUAUAUCUUACCUUGUGGGCGGCAAGCCACCCAGGGGCCGAGGCCAGAGACUGAAGGCACAAGCUCUUCCAGUAUAACAAAGAAAAUAAUCAGAAUAAGAAAAGUUAUACCAGAAGUAGGAUACAGAUAUGACUAUACAUGACUAUUACUAAUCAUUAGUUUGCAGCAUUACUCUUUGUUCUAUUACUGUAAUAAUCUCUGUUCUGUUGUUUUAACCUAGGGAAAACCGGGCCAUAGAGAGUUAGCAGCUGGAGGGACACGGUGAGAGGUGAGCAGAAGACAAGAGUGUGAGCCCUGGGUCACGCCCGCAUAAGGGGCGCUUGAGGGCUCCUUGGUCUAGCGGUAACGCCAGUGCCUGGGAAGGCCCUCCUUACUUAGCAGACCUUGGUCUAGCGGUAGCGCCAGUGCCUGGGAAGGCACCCGUUACUUAGCAGACCUUGGUCUAGCGGUAGCGCCAGUGCCUGGGAAGGCACCCGUUACUUAGCAGACCUUGGUCUAGCGGUAGCGCCAGUGCCUGGGAAGGCACCCGUUACUUAGCAGACCUUGGUCUAGCGGUAGCGCCAGUGCCUGGGAAGGCACCCGUUACUUAGCACACCGGGAAAGGGAAUCUCCCUUUCUCCAGGGGAGAUGGAGAACACUCUGCUCCAGCACCUCUUGUGGGAGGCCUGACAUUAGCCAGGCCUGCCCUCUGACUUCCGGAGGCUGGACCGUCUCCCUGUGAUGCUGUGCUUCAUUCAGUGGUCACGCUCCUUGUUCACUUUCAUGUUGCGCCUGUACACCUGGCUCCUCCUUUUAAGUUCUCAGAAGAUAGCAGUAGCAGAAUUAGUAAAAGUACUAAAGUCUUUGAUCCUUCUGAUAAGUGCCUAGGAGAAAUGCUGACGUAUGCAUGCCGUCCUCCCUCUCCGCCUCGGCUACCACCAAGGGAAAGACCCCCUGUCCAGUGGACACGUGACUCGCGUGACCUCUCAAUCAUUUGAGAUGACUCACACCCCUUACCCUGCCCCCUUGCCUCGAAUACAAUACAUAGCAGCCCGUCCAGGCAUUCGGGGCCACUACCGGUCUCCGCGCUUGGUGGCAGUGGUCCCCUGGGCCCAGCUGUCUUUCAUCCUGUCUCUGUGUCUUGUGUCUUUAUUUCUACGAUCUCUCGUGUCCACACACGAAGAGAAGACCCACAGGCCCCGUAGCGCUGGACCCUACCUCUGGCACCCAACGAGGAUUUCUCUCUCGCUGUGUGAAGGUGCACUUUGAGCGCGGAACUCAGCGGAGGACUACCGACGACAGAUUCCUGAGGCUUGCGGUCAAUAAGCUUGGUGGUAAGCUUGGGCGCUCAGAGUAUCCCGGGGACACCAUGGGACAGGCCAGUACCAAGUACUCGGCUUAUUUAAAUGUUAUAAAAACUCUGCUUAAAGAAGGAGGUGUAAAAGUUUCUACUAAUACGUGAAUUAAACCAGUUCGAGGUCGUAGAUCUCCUUUACCCUUGGUUUGCUACUGAGGGAACUUUAGAACUCAAACAUUGGGAUGAAAUUGGCCGACAAUUUAAAAUUGCUCAUAAAGGGGGACGCGUUAUUCCGCCCACUAUUUGGCCAAUCUGGGCUUCGGUUCGCUGUGUCCUAGACUCCUUGCAGACUCGGGUGGACAACGUGGAGGCUGAUCCCUCUUUCCUCUCCUCUGAGGAGGUUGAGGAAAUUCUCAGUUCUCUUUCCCCUGAGGAUACUGCACAGAUUGAGGCCGUGAUUCUACAGACGGACCUCCAUUCUGACAUUCCUUGGGCCCCGCCACCCACACCAGAGCCUGCCGUGCCCCCAUCAUCGCUUUGUGAUGAACUUUCAGAUGAUGUCCUUGCCCCCAACCAGCAGAAUCCAACCGAAGUAUACUAUCCACAGCCGUCGUGGCCGGACCCUCCUAUCUUUCCUCAGCCCUGCUACAGGGCCCUCAACCUUCCAUCUACACAGCCCGGAAAUGAGGCUAUACAGCCUGAAAAACAGGCUCUAACCUACGUCUCUAUGCAGCCUGGUACAGAGGCUCUCAAUUCUCAGCCCGCGAAUGAGGCUCUCAACACUGUCUCUGUUCAGCCCUGCCGCAGGGCCCUCCACCUUCCGCCUGUUCAGCCCGCCAAUGAGGCUCUCAACACUGUCUCUGUUCAGCCCUGCCGCAGGGCUCUCCACCUUCCGCCUGUUCGGCCCGGUAACGGGGCCCUCAACCCUAUCCCUCCUCAACCUGGUUAUCCAUCUCUCACUUCUGCUUCUCCUUCGGAGUAUCAGGCUCGCUUGAAGCCUGUCCUGCAGGUACGGCCGGCAGCCUGGACUUCAGGCCCCUGAAAGACCUGCUCAGCAGGUACUCGCGCCUCCACCUGGCUUACAGGUUCUCAAUUCUUCCUCUAUUCAAAACCCUCGUUUCUUUUCUGCUUCUGGUCCGGUCACCACUGCGGUUGCCGCCGCCACCACCAUGGCCGCUCACGAGCAACAAAUCACAUACAUUCCUUAAAAUGAUACUCCUCUUAUGAGGGCCAUCUCUCAGGCAAGGGAAUGUGGGGACCCCGAAGCCUGGCAAUUUCCUGUAAUUUUACAACCUCCGACGCCGGCCGCCCCCGUCCCUGAGGCACAGGAUCAGCCACAGCCCGCUGAUCCUGCCCAGCGGGUGGCUCAGCCCGCGGCUCCUCAGGCUCCUCAAGCUCCGCAGCCUGACAGUCAGGCUCCUCAGGCAAAUCAGCAGGCUCCACAACUGCCUGCGGCGCAGCCAGUUCCAGGUAUACCUGCAGUCCAGGCAGUAGUCCAACCAGAUCCUCUUCCUCCAGGCCAGGUCCAGCUACGCCCUGCUUCUUGGGAAAGUUUUUCUUCUAAAUUCCUCAAAGAUUUCAAAGAAUCAGUGAAGCAAUAUAGGCACCAACUCCCCUUUUGUCCGGUCCACAUGAAAAGCCCUAGCAGAAGAUAAACAGCAGUUUGGUGCCUUAUGACUGGUAAAUUCUAGCAAAAUCAGUAUUAUCUAAAUCCCAGUAGUUGCAAUUCAGGACUUGGUGGGUCGAUGCUGUCCAGGAUCGAGUUCGGCUUAAUCAAGGCUCUAAGCCUCCUGUUAAUGUUGCAGCUGACCAGUUACUGGGAAUGGGACAAUGGCCUGCAACUGCAAAUCAAACUAAAAUGACGAGGUCAUUCAACAGCUUCGCAAAUGCUGCCUGUAUACUAAUAAUAGUGCACAGUGCACUUACACCAGUCCCUAACGAUGACAGGUUUCCCGCUCAACCAGAGGAAAAAGGUAUGCAGUUUAAUUUGUCAACUGGAUAUAAAUUCCCGCCAUUGUGCAUAGCAAUGUCACCUGGCUGCUUGGCUUUCUCUAAUCAAAAUUGGAUGUGGACCGUGCCAUCCUCCAGUAAUGAUUCCUAUGAAGUACAUAAUCUGUUCAGUAGUAAUUCUUUACAGAUCAUGACCUGUUGAACUUAAUUAAUCCUCAUGAGGAAUGGAGAGUUCCCGUCACCACCAAAAAGAAUACAGCAAAAGGACGGCCAGACUGUUCAAGAGAACCUACCAAGGGAACUUGUUUAGUGAACUCAAUUACAUGGAAUGACUGUAAUGCUCCAAAAGCCGUACGUAGUGUUACAAAGCCUAGUUACAGGAGCUGCUAUUGACUGGGCUCCAAGAGGGUAUUAUUGGCAAAACUACUCCGGCCAAAAUACCCAAUGCUCUGAGUUCAAUGAUUUGAUACAUCACGUACAAGACGGAUGGCAGUCCUGCAGGUUGAGGGAACGGGUGUCUCCUCACCCAUUCAAAUGGAUGGACUCAGGAAUCGUUCCUCCUAGACCAAAAACGAUUCAUCCUAUUGUUACCCCAGAACAUCCUGAAUUACGGAAAUUAGCUGCGGCCCCGACGGGAAUCAGACUGUGGGACGCUACCUGCCAAAUCUCUCCCACCAAUACCAAAAUACCCAUAUUUAAAGUCACUGCAAUGUCAGAAGAGGUAAUACCUAUCAGGAGCCUAUAAGGGAUAGCCCCCUUAUAUGCUGUUAGUUGGAAUUAUAAAUGUCACUGCCAAUAGACAAACUAUAGAAUGUGAUGAUUGCAAACUCUUCACGUGUAUUGGUGCCGCUUUUGAUCCCAGAACAAGUAUUCUCCUGGUGAGGGCUAGGGAGGGGGUAUGGACACCAGUCUCCUUACACCGUCCAUGGGAGUCUUCUCCCUCUCUUCACAUAGUCGAUGAAGUUCUUAAACGUACCCUUCAGACAACUAAGAGGUUCAUCUUUACUCUUACUGCAGUCAUUGCAGGCUUAAUUGCGGUUACUGCCACAGCAGCGGCCGCUGGACUUGCUAUCCACAAUUCUGUCCAGACCGCUCAAUAUGUGGAAGCGUGGCAGAAAAACUCCACUGGACUCUGGAAUUCUCAGGCUCAGGCUGAUCAAAAAUUGGCUAAUCAAAUUAAUGAUCUCCGCCAGAGUAUGAUAUGGCUGGGAGAUAGAGUUAUGAGUCUGGAACACCGCAUGCAAUUACAAUGUGAUUGGAAUACUUCUGAUUCUUACGUAAGGCCUUAUGCUUAUAAUAAAGAUCAGCAUAGCUGGAAAAAGUCAUGAGACUUAAAUUUAAAAGCCUGGGAUGAUAACUUAACGUUAGGUAUCUCAAAACUUAAAGAACAAAUUUUUGAGGACUCGCGGGCUCACUUAACUACCAUUCCUGGAUCAGAUCAGACACCUUUGAAGGAAUAACCAAAGGGUUAUCUGAUCUAAAUCCCUUUAAGCGGGUCAAACCCCUCAGAAGAUCACUGUUGUCUUUGGCAUUAUUAACAUCGGUAUGUUUAUGUUGGCUGCUUUUAGUCUGCAGAUGUCUCCGAGGAGUCCGAGGACAAGUCUGAAGUCAACGACAAGCAACGAUGGCAGUGACGAUCCUAGAAAAACCAGGCCAUACAGAGUUAGGAGCGGAAGGGACACAGCGAGAGGUGACCAGAAGACAAGAGCGUGAGCCCUCGGUCACGCCCAGAUAAAAGCCGCUUGAGGGCUCCUUGGUGUAGCGGUAGCGCCAGUGCCUGGGAAGGCACCCGUUACUUAGCAGACCGGGAAAGGGAAUCUCCGUUUCUCCAGGGGAGUUAGAGAACGCUCUGCUCCACCACCUCUUGUGGGAGGCCUGACAUUGGCCAGGCGUGCCCGCAGUCGUCCGGAGGCUUAAACGUCUCCCUGUGAUGCUGUGCUUCAGUGGUCACGCUCCUUGUUCGCUUUCAUGUUCCGCCUGUACACCUGGCUCCUCCUUUUGAGUUCUCAGAAGAGAGCAGUAGCAGAAUUAGUAAAAGGACUAAAGUCUUUGAUCUUUCUGAGAAGUGCAUAGAAGAAAUGCUGACGUUUGCUAUCCUCCCUCUCCACCUCGGCUACCACAAAGGGAAAGGCCCCCCUGUCCCGUGGACACGUGACUCGCGUGACCUACCAAUCAUCUGAGAUGACUCACACUCCUUACCCUGCCCCCUUGCCUUGAAUACAAUAAGUAGCAGCGCCCCGUCCAGGCACUGGGGGCCACUACGGUCUCCGCGCUUUGGUGGCAGUGGUCCCCCGGGCCCAGCUCUCUUUCUUCCUA